CAGGGUCUGAGCCUAUGUGUCGUUUGCAUUCCCGUUUUUGAGAUACUUUAUCGACCGAAACCAAGAACCACUGCAUACCUAGUUAGUAGGUGGCGAGGCGCCCGGACAAGGCGACCUCAAGCGGUGCAACCUCCGGCGAGCACAGAAUCAGCAAUGCAGCUCGGCCGGCUUGGAAGGGCUCAAGCGGGUGGCAUCACCCAUAAGACUUGGCGUGGUGUUACGCCGAGGACUAUUAGGUCAGCCGCUACUCCUGGAGAGAAAUUGUCAGCUCUGGAGCUCCUCCGUCGCGAAAAUGAGCUGCUACGCCAAACCCUGGAUGUCGCCAACGUUCCCAUCGACAGCGUUGUGAAGCCAUCUACUUCCGUAUCACCUCCUGGUGUUGCAUCGGAAGCUGCCGAGCCUCAGAACGUGCUUACGAGCGAUGCGGGAGUUGGGCUGAGCCUGGUCGAUGAGACGGGUGGUACACCGUCCGCGCUAGGGCGCCCGGAGGAUUACUGGAGCCCGUGUGUUGAAGUUCCAGAUAACCUGGAAUACGUUGACGAGUACGGGCCCAUUUCGCCGAUACCUAACCACGAUGGCACCAUGUGCUUCAAGUGGGACAACACGCUUUGGUCCGCAGCAGAGCACUUCAAGUACCGCUGGAACGUCUUCAAGAACAUCCGGGAGGCCAUCGACCGCAACGAGGGCGGCUUCGAGAAGUUCAGCCAGGGCUACAAGUACUAUGGCUUCAACCGCGGCGAGUGCAACGGCCAGUCGGGCAUCUGGUACCGCGAGUGGGCGCCCGGGGCCAAGGCGCUAGCCCUUGUGGGCGACUUCAACAGCUGGAGCCCCGCCGACUCGCACUGGGCCUUCAAGAACCAGUACGGCACCUGGGAGCUGUUCCUGCCCGACAACCCGGACGGCAGCCCGGCCAUCGCACACAGGUCCAAGGUGAAGUGCCGGCUGGAGACGGCUGACGGGCGGUGGGCCGAGAAGAUCCCCGCCUGGAUCAAGUGGGCCACGCAGGAGUGGAACGAGAUCCUGUUCAAUGGCGUGUACUACGAACCCCCUGAGAAGGGUGCUCCGGGCGAGGUGGCGGAGAACAAGGCGUACACCUUCAAGUACCCCCGCCCGCCCAAGCCCCGCGCGCUGCGCAUCUACGAGUGCCACGUGGGCAUGAGCAGCCAGGAGCCCAAGGUGAACUCCUACUCCGAGUUCCGGCGCGACGUGCUGCCGCGCAUCCGGUCGCUGGGCUACAACGCCAUCCAGAUCAUGGCCAUCCAGGAGCACAGCUACUACGGCUCCUUCGGCUACCAUGUGACCAACUUCUUUUCGGUCAGCAGCCGCUGCGGCACCCCGGACGAGUUGAAGGCGCUGGUGGACGAGGCGCACCGCAUGGGGCUGGUGGUCCUGAUGGACAUCGUGCACAGCCACGCUUCCAAGAACACCAACGACGGCAUCAACAUGUUCGACGGCACGGACGGCAUGUACUUCCACGGCGGGCCGCGCGGCAACCACUGGAUGUGGGACAGCAGGUGCUUCAACUACGGCAACUGGGAGACGCUGCGCUUCCUGCUGUCAAACGCGCGCUGGUGGAUGGACGAGUACAAGUUCGACGGCUACCGGUUCGACGGAGUGACCAGCAUGAUGUACCACCACCACGGCCUGUCGUACACCUUCACGGGUAACUACGGCGAGUACUUUGGCAUGAACACGGACGUGGACGCGGUGGUGUACCUCAUGCUGGCCAACAACCUGCUGCACGACCUCUUCCCCACCGCCAUCACCAUCGGGGAGGACGUGUCGGGCAUGCCCUCCUUCUGCAGGCCAUGGCAGGAGGGCGGUGUGGGUUUCGACUACCGGCUGCAGAUGGCCAUCGCCGACAAGUGGAUCGAAGUGAUGAAGCUGCACAACGACUUCGCGUGGAACAUGGGUAACAUCGUGCACACGCUCACAAACAGGAGGUACGCGGAGGCGUGUGUGGGUUACGCCGAGUCGCACGACCAGGCGCUGGUGGGCGACAAGACCAUUGCGUUCUGGCUGAUGGACAAGGAGAUGUACGACAACAUGGCGGUCCCCGGCAGCGGCCCCCAGUCCCUCAUCGUGGACCGGGGUAUCGCGCUGCACAAGAUGAUCCGGCUCAUCACCAUCGCACUGGGGGGGGAGAGCUACCUGAACUUCAUGGGCAACGAGUUCGGUCACCCCGAGUGGAUCGACUUCCCGCGCGUCGACAGCUACGACCCCUCCACGGGGGCAUUCGUGCCGGGCAACGGCGGCUCGCUGCACCUGUGCCGGCGGCGGUGGGACCUGGCGGACUCGGCGCUGCUCAAGUACAAGUUCCUGCAGGCAUUCGACAGGGCCAUGUGCCACCUGGACAAGGCGUUCGGCUACAUGUCUGCUCCCAACACCUACGUCAGCCGCAAGGACGAGGGCGACAAGGUGGUGGUGUUCGAGCGGGGCGACCUGGUGUUCGUGUUUAACUGGCACCCCACCGCCUCCUACCAGGACUACAGGGUGGGGUGCAGGGAGCAGGGACCCUACAAGCUGGUCCUCUCCAGCGAUGAGGAGGUGUUCGGCGGCUACCGCAACCUCACCAAGGACUCCGACGUGCUCUUCACCACCUCCCCCGGCGCACACGACAGCCGCCCGCACUCCUUCCUGAUCUACGCGCCCGCCCGCACUUGCGCCGUGUACGCGCCCGCGCAGUGGGCGGACAAGGACGCUGACCGCAAGCCGCACGGCGUCCCCGGGCUGGGGGUGAAGGGGCUGGGGCCGUACUUUGCGCGGUGAUGGGGCGAGGGG